GGAAGUCGGCGCACAGCCGACCACACACGGGGCGGAACGUGCAGGGACUAGACGAGCGUGACGUGCUGGGCCGAGACGGAAGGACAGACUGACGGGAUUAUGAAGCCGGCUGUGGACGAGAUGUUCCCCGAGGGCGCCGGGCCCUACGUGGACCUGGACGAGGCGGGAGGCAGCACCGGCCUUCUGAUGGACUUGGCAGCCAACGAAAAGGCCGUGCAUGCAGACUUCUUUAACGAUUUCGAAGAUCUUUUUGAUGAUGAUGAUAUCCAGUGAAAUGAUUUCCAGCUAUGGAAACCCAAGAUGUUAAUUCUUUGUUUUGUAGCAAUAGUAUGAAUACUCUUAUUUAAUCAAAAGAUGGUAUAUGAUCUCUAAAGAGCUUCUGGAAGUCACUCAGAGUUGGGACAUGGUCACCAAGACAGGAAAUUAAUUAUGAAAAAAUGUUAACCAUUAAAAAGCUACUGGUAGAUAUCUUUUAAUAUCAGCUGUUUUCCUUGUUUGAAUAAAUAUGAAAAAGUUUUUAUA